CUAGUUGAGCUCUACAUUUUAUAAACAAAGCAAACCGGCAAAAUAAUCUACGACUUUCCAUGGCCAAAAAGUAACGAAAUAUAGCGGAAACUGGAGGAACCAUGGCCAAGCGCUUUUCUGCCAUGAAAGACUUCGCGCGGUGCAAGAAACCGCGCCUGGAUGUUAGCGUUACCCGCGGAUCAGCGCGACCCAGUCCACCGAGGAACAAUUUCGAUGGGAUUCUCUGGGACGACGAUGACGAUGUCAUCCUGAUGGCCACCCAGCUGGCGGAGGCGGAAAUCGAGGCGGAGGAGCGGAAAAAGAAGGGCGGAACAGAGGUGGACAUCGGCAACAGCGAGGUCACCUUCAGCGAAUUUGCACCCACUUUUCAGGGCUCAACCAGCACACAGCAAAUGUUUCCGCCGCCACCGCCGCCACAAAAGAAGCCUACUUCCCUGGAUAUGGAUGCGAUUUUCGCGGAUGAUGAUGAUUUCGAUUUUCUGGCCGUUACCCUCAUGGACAGUGAGCCACAAAAGAUGCCGGAGCCGAAGACCAGCACAAGUAGGAUAACUACCAGCAGCAUAAGUGUUCAGCAGAAAACCACGACCACGACGACCAUCAAUGCCACGCAAUCCCGCCAGCAGGAGCAUCAGCUAAAGUUUCUCAUGGAUAGGAUUGAAGCCCUUAAGCGGGAAAACGCGCAGCUGGAAAAGAAUUUGGGCGACAGUAAGGAACGCAAUGAGAUCAAGUCUGGUGAGGUUUCCUUACUUCGUGAUGAGCUGAAGCACUUGCGCCAGCAGCUGCAGGCUAGCAAAAUGGAAAAGCUGGCUUUGGCCGACGAAACGAAUCGGGAUUGCAACAAAAAAGUGGCAGAAGCGGCCAAACAAAUUGCGGCCAAGGACAUCGAGUUGAAGAUUAAGAACGCCGAGUUCUCAAAGUUGAAGACACAGCAAAAAGCCCAUGAAAGAAGCAUGAAUUCCAGCAUGAGCAUUUUACAGGCUGCUCCAGAUCCUUUGGAGAAACGCUUAUCACUUCGCUUGAAUAGGCUUAACAUACACAGAUCUGUGCCCGGGCUGAAAACCGAUAAUGGCAGUGUGUUCGAAUACAGCGAAAAUGAGGAUCAGACUAAGAAACGAAGAAAUCAUUUUGAACUGGAAUUAAAGCAACUGCUACUUCAUUACGCUCGGCUGCAGGCAAAGCCGGAAUCUGUGGAUAACCUCCUGCCAAGAAUACUCUCGUCGGUCGGCAAGGUAUUCACGGAGUUUGCUUCGUAUGCUCAAAGUUUGGACUUUCCACACAACUGCAUGCUGUAUCCCUACAAUCCCCACAACCUAGAGGAGGAAGUUCAUCGCAUUUCCCUGACCCAUCAGAGCUGUUUGUAUGAUAACGAAAAGGCUGUUCCGCUGCGUCGCUUCAUAGCUACCUUGGCUUUGAUUUGCCGGCGAGAGGAAAGGAUUUCUAGAGGUCUCACGGAGUGGAAAGAAAAUGAUCUGGGACUGCUAGAUAUGGCUAUUGAAGCUAUCACAAAACUAGGAUUUUCCUACGAGGUCGGCCAACACUUUGGAUUGCUGGAAGCCUUGACUUCACUCCUAAAUAGCCUCCUACAAGAAAAUGCCCUUCUUCAACAUAACGAGGAGCUACUCUUCGAUCUGCUUAAGCAGUUAGUUUUUACUCGUCCCAGUCCUUGGGUUUUUGCUGAGCUUAGCUCCUGCUUUUUAAGCUGCCUUAGACAUCCCCAACUUAUGGAUAAAAUGUGUGUGAAUAGUCCCAAGGACUGCUUUGUAUCGGAUCGCGUUCGCUCCGUUUAUCGAUUUGGUCCCGACUCCUGUUUACUUCAGGUCUACGCGGGCCUACUCGAGCUAUGCUUCUUUAGUGAAACUCCUCUGCGGCAGGACUACUUUCAGUUGCUGCUCAAGAUCGGAGGAAAUCAUGUGCGAUUCGCGUUCGAGUGCUUCAAAAACCCACCGGAUUUCAUACUUGAAAUGCUGCCUUACUUUGCCGACGAUGGCGACGAGGACUCCAGCGAUGGUACUCUGAUGAAAACAGGCACCAGUCUGAGCUUCAACUCCACAGGAGCUGUGCAGGGAUCGGUCUCCAAUGGAUCGACAUCAGCGUCUGUUUCGAACCCGAAUCAAAAUUCAAAUUCAAGUACAACGCAGCGAGGAAAAGGCUGCGAGUGCUAUGUAAAGUUGUGCCUCAGUGCGGUAACAAUUGUCUUCCAGGUGAUGCACCAAUGGAUGUUGCACAGCAGGAAAGCAGGCACCGAAGAAGUUGGCGAGAUCUCCCGCAUCGCAGUGCACCUUCUGUCCCUUGUCUUUCACGAGUAUUACCUCACCUGUCUGUUUCGCGACUCCGAGGAGACGACCAAGCAUUACCUUAGCCUCAUAUGCAACUGGUGGAGCGAGCAUGCGAACCUGCUUGGUUUUCAGUCAAUACAUUUGCGUUUGUUAAACCAACUGGUUAAAGCCCAUUUCAUGCUGAAACCCCUUCAUCUGGAGGCCAAGCCCAAUAAUCCAGUCAACGACCUCUCCGAAUGGAAACGCAUUGUCAAGAAUGCGGAUGACCAAAGGGCUGUGAAGUCGGCUGUGACAGUUGAUCCCAGCAAAUUACUCAACACCGACUUCUUUAGUGCCCUUAAACGGGAGGAGAACACUUUUGAGUAGUUAUAGUUAGCUUAAACGUUUUAGUAAUAUAUACAUAUAGGUGUGGCGUUAAUUUAUUGUGAAGUUUCAAAUGCUAUGUUAAGAAUUGAAAAGGCUCGCUGCACAAAUUUAGAGCUUAAAAAACGCAUUCCAAAAUACAAAUAUGUAAUGCAGCGUUUAAAGAAACCGCUAAAU